GUGGCUGUUUCCGGCCAGCUCCGUGGCAGGGGUGGGUGGCGACGCAGGGCUGAGCGGCGGCGGGCGGGCCGCAGAGCGCCGCGGAGAUGGUGCUGCUCACCAUGAUCGCCCGCGUGGCGGACGGGCUCCCUCUGGCUGCCUCCAUGCAGGAGGACGAGCAGUCAGGCCGCGAUCUGCAGCAAUACCAGAGCCAAGCAAAGCAGCUCUUCCGCAGGCUGAACGAGCAGUCCCCCACGAGAUGUACUCUGGAAGCAGGAGCCAUGGCUUUUCACUAUAUCAUUGAGAAAGGAGUGUGUUACCUGGUCCUAUGUGAAGCUGCAUUCCCCAAGAAGCUGGCUUUUGCUUAUCUGGAAGACUUGCAUUCAGAGUUUGAUGAGCAGCAUGGCAAGAAGGUGCCAACGGUCUCCAGGCCCUAUUCCUUCAUUGAAUUUGACACCUACAUCCAGAAAACCAAGAAGCUCUACAUUGAUAGCCGGGCGAGGAGGAACCUGGGCUCCAUCAAUACAGAGCUGCAGGAUGUACAGAGAAUUAUGGUGGCCAACAUUGAGGAAGUCUUACAGCGAGGAGAAGCACUUUCAGCUCUUGAUUCCAAGGCCAACAAUCUCUCCAGUUUGUCCAAAAAGUACCGUCAGGACGCGAAGUAUCUGAACAUGCGUUCCACUUAUGCCAAACUUGCGGCUGUAGCUGUGUUUUUUAUCAUGUUGAUCGUGUAUGUGAGAUUCUGGUGGCUGUGAGCUGCUUGCAGUCACAGAAGAGGGAAAGCUAGUAGCCUGGCAGGUGUAUGUGUGCAGGACACUGUUCAUGGGGGAUGUGCAUUAGAAUACACACAGGAACUCCACCUUAAGGGAACAGUCCUGAAGUUGUUAGGUGACACUUGACUACUACAUCUCUUAGUGAAGCCUAACAAUAGGUGUAAAGGCUUGUUGACUACAGGCUUUUCCUCUGAGGCAGUUUGCACUAGAGCACUGGAGAGUUUAGCCUCCCAUGGUCCUGCCCCCCCUCCUGCGGGCACGCUCUGGGAACUGUCAAUCAGUGCGGUUUAGCAUAAUCACAUUGUAUGUCCUCCUGUUGAGUAGCUCUAGUGGGAACUGUACUCUAAUGAACAUUCCUUGUAUUGGCAAUGUUUGCUUUUUUAGAAUUUGGGUCUGCAGUUCUUUUUCUUUUUUUUUUUUUCCUCCAAAGGCAAGACUCCCCUGUUUGAAGGUAAAUACUGCACUGUACAUGUAAUAGCGUUUACCUCUGUUAGAAUAACUAUUGUUGAGUUUUCUGUGUCUGACAUCUUGGCUUGUUACACUUUAAAUUGCUUUGGGAAGAAAUGGAUGUUAAAUUAUGCCUUAAAAUACAUUCUGUCUAGUAUUAGGAGGAGCAAUGGAAGACUUCUAUGUUACGGAUUCCUAAAAAAUUAAGCUACAGGUUUGUAAGUGUCCACUUUCCCUCCCCUGAUAGCUGUGUAUGAGUGUAUGUUUCCUUAUGAACAGGGUGUGUAAUUCAAUGUUGGCACAGUGCAAACUCUGUCAGCACUCUGCGUUUUUCCCUUCUAUCUGCAAAUUCACUAGUUAUUUCCUUCCUUUUAUAACUGUGCAUCACUUACAAAAUGUGUCAAAACUGCCAGCAUUUCAUCUCUGGGAUGCUUGUUUUCUUUCUCCCUCUUUUCCUCACCCAAAACAACAAAAAAACCCAACAAACCCUGAAACUCUGAAUGUUGUGAAAAAAUGGCAGUGUUUCCUUAAACAACACUUUAACUUUACAUGAAGGAUUCAAAAUGAUAACUUCAAAACAGUGGAAUCCUUUGGAAAUGCCACCUUUUUUCUGUGGUCACCCUCUCCCUACCUCACUUGGGAAGCUGAAAUUGUAGGUGAAGAAAAACUCAUUACAAGGCAAUAGUAUAGAGCUGCUUCUUUCUUAUGGGCCAAUAUGUAUCUCUCCAGUAAUGUGAUUUUUUUUGUUGUUUUGUUGGGUUUUUUUUGUCCACUUGUGCUAAGGAUAACAUUUUAGCAGUCAGCUGUUGUUUUCACUUAAAAAAGAAGAGGAAAAAAGAAACCCCACAGCUCACCAGGCACUCUUCUGUACUCAAGUGUCUGCCACUUGGUAGGAGGCAGGCAGUGUCACAGGAGAAAGUUUCAGGACUCCCCAGCACCUUUUACAAGCACAUAAUCUUGUGUAGUUUUGGAAGUACAAACUCCGACCUGGAAAUGUUUUCUGCCACUGGGUAGGAAACAGAGAGCUGUUGUCCUGUCUGGGAACGCUCCCCAGCUUGAUACAGUGUUGGACUGGCACAGAAGCAGUUAGCACUUGUCCACCAAUAAACCUAGCAAAUUUGAUCUGCCAUGUAGCCUAAAUCAGGUUUCUGCAUGAUGCCUCCAAGUGUUACUUUGUAGCUUGCUUUAUUAUUAUCAUUAUUUUUAAUCCUUUUAAGUGGUAUCCCUGACAGGUGAAUGUCCCAGUGGUGUAGGUCUGUGUAAUGUAGGUGCUGGAAGGUGAGCAGACACCAACCAUAUGUGGAUUGUUGUGAUUUUGAGGGGAGUGACAUUUCUGCAGUGAAGGGCAGCUCAGUGAGCCGCUGCCUCCUGCAGCCCCAGUGUCAGCAGUGAAAUAAAUGCUUCUGAAAAAUCCCCUCUGCA